ACUAUAUCUUCCUUUAUAAAGGCUAACGCGACAUCUGGAAUGGCUGUGCACGAUGACUGCAAGCUAAAGUUUUUGGAGUUGAAGGCAAAAAGAACACACCGCUUCAUUGUUUUUAAGAUUGAGGAGAAGCAAAAACAGGUUAUUGUGGAAAAGGUUGGUGAGCCAGCUCAAAGCUACGAAGAUUUUGCAGCAAGCCUCCCUGCUGACGAGUGUCGAUAUGCUGUAUAUGAUUUUGACUUUGUGACUGCUGAGAAUUGCCAGAAGAGCAGAAUCUUUUUCAUCGCCUGGUCUCCAGACACGUCAAGGGUGAGAAGCAAGAUGAUCUAUGCAAGUUCGAAGGACAGAUUCAAGAGAGAACUCGACGGAAUCCAGAUUGAACUGCAGGCUACCGAUCCCACCGAAAUGGGUCUCGAUGUUAUUAGGAGCCGUGCCAGCUAAAUAGAAAUCUCCUUAUUUCGCAACAGAGAAUUUCUCGUAUGCACUCUACUCUUGAGCGAAAUGUUAAUAUUACAUGGGCGGGGGAACCUGACUGAAUUAUGAUAUUGGUUUGUUUGAGAUUUACCUUAUAGUCGUCUUCUCGAGUCGUUUCAGAUAUUUUGAAUAUGUUAUGAUUUGUUAUUGUAUCGAAGUUAUGCAAGGUGUGUCUUUCUUA